UGGGUGCCGAGCACUGUACUGAGCGCCUGCACUAAGCUGUCGUCGGUCCUUCGGCGGCCCCGAAGGGGCAGUGGCCCCCACCCAGGAACUCCGGAUCCCCGAGACUAUGGAGGCUUUCAACAGGAAUACGGCGGGUUCUGGACGCAAGAUUCAGAAGGGACCCCUGGACCUGAUUGAGACGGGGAAAGGGCUGAAAGUCCAGACGGACAAGCCCCACCUGGUGAGCCUGGGCAGCGGACGGCUCAGCACGGCGAUCACCCUGCUGCCCCUGGAAGAAGGGAGGACGGUGAUCGGUUCGGCCGCCAAGGACAUCUCGCUGCAGGGCCCCGGCCUGGCGGGGGAACACUGCUACAUUGAGAACGUGCAGGGUACGCUCACCUUGCAUCCUUGUGGCAACCCCUGUGCCAUCGACGGUCUUCCAGUCCGACAGCCCACCCAUCUCACUCAAGGCUGCAUGCUGUGCCUUGGGCAGUCCACCUUUCUUCGCUUUAACCACCCGGCAGAAGCUAAGUGGAUGAAGAGUAUGAUCCCGGCAGGGGCACGGGGCCCUGAGGCACCCUACAGCCCGACCCAAGUCUCCCCAGUCGAGUCGGAGAGCCUGGUGAAUGGCAACCACCUCCCCCAGCCUGCUGGCCGGGGGCGCCCGGCCUGUGCCAGCCACAGCUCCCUGGUCAGCUCCAUCGAGAAGGACCUGCAGGACAUCAUGGACUCGCUGGUGUUGGAGGAGCCGGCCGGGCCCGCCAAGAAGCCGCCCGCCACCUCCCCGCUCUCCCCUCUGCCCAACGGCGGGCGCUACCUGCUGUCGCCGCCCACCAGCCCCGGCGCCAUGUCGGUGGGCUCCAGCUACGAGAACACGUCGCCCCCGUUUUCCCCCCUCUCCUCGCCCGCCAGCAGUGGCAGCUGCGCCAGCCCCUCACCCAGCGGGCUCGAGCAGGGCCCCGCCAUGCCCCCCUUGGUGCCCGCCCGCUCCUCUAGCUACCACCUGGGCCUGCAGCCCCCUCAGUCCCAUCCCGCCGAGAGCCCCCGGCCGGGCAGGAGGGGCGUGCCCGAUGGGCCCUCCAUCCCCGGCCUCCGGGCUCUGCUGACCGAUGGCCCCGCGGCCACCAUCCUGGCCGAGGCCUGCAAGGCCUCCGAGGGCCCGCGCCUCGGCAUGCCGGUGCCCCCCACCGUGGCCGUCGGCCUGAGCGAGCGCCCGGCCGGGGGCGGCCGCUGCCAGCCCUCCAGCGUGCCCGGCAGCCCCCGCCUGCCCCCCAAGUUCCAGCCGCCGGUUCCCGCUCCCCGCGGCAAAACCGGCGGCCUCCAGGAACGUCCACCCAGUCCCUUCAGGGAGUCCCCGGGUGCUGACCGAGCCGUGCCCGCUGUCUCCUCCCGCCAGCUGCUGGGCAGAACCUUCUCCGAGGGGGCGGGGGGCGGCCCCCAGACCCGCUCCCUGCAGCCCCCAGAGAGCCCCCGCCCUGGGCGCAAGGGGCUGGACAGCCUGCGGGACCGGCCGCCCCUGAGCCCGGCCCUGUCCCGCCGGGCCCUGCCCCUCUCCCCCGUGCCCGCCCGGGCCCCUCGAGAUGCCAGUCCGGACGGCCCCCGGGGACGGCGCUGGGCCGGCCCGCCCGAGGAGCCAGCCUGGACGCUGGGAGGCCGGGGCCGGCGGGCCCGGAGCCCCUCGCCCACCCUCGGGGAGGCGGCGGGCGCCCGCAGGACCGGCUUCGGGCCCGGGCUGAGCCCUGCCUACAGCCUGGGCUCGCUGAGCGGGCCCUCGCCCCGCCAGAGUCCGCGGGCGCGGAGGAAGCUGUCGGGGGGCGAGCUGGGAGCCCCCGGGGCCCGGGAGCGUAAGAACAGCGUCCCGGAGCUGGGCGCCCAGGGAGACCUACUGGACUACCACCGGCGACAGCGCCAGGAGCGCCUAAGGGACCAGGAGAUGGAGCGACUGGAACGCCAACGUCUGGAGACCAUCCUGAGCCUGUGUGCCGAGUACAGCCGGGCAGACGGGGGCACCGAGGCUGGGGAGCUGCCCAGCAUCGGCGAGGCAGCGGCGGCCCUGUCCCUGGUGGGCAGGAGGCCCUCGCGGGGCCUGACGGGAGGGUCGGGGCCCCCCGGCCGGGGGGGCGAGGAGCCGAGCGGCAGUGCCCAGCGGCUGUGGGAGCCCAUGGAGCGCUCGGAUGAGGAAAACCUCAAGGAGGAGUGCAGUAGCACGGAGAGCACCCAACAGGAGCGUGAAGAAGCCCCGGGCACGUUGGGGCACGGAGAAGCCCUGGCCUUAGAGGAGGAGCAGGCCCGGGCGCUGGGCCGCGUGGACCAACUCAAGGGCCGGGUGAAGGAACUCGACCAGCAGCUGCAGGAGGCCACCAGGGAGGCGGAGAUGGAGCGGGCCCUGUUGCAGGGGGAACAUGAGGAAGAGCUGGCACUGAUGCAGAAGGAGCAGAAGGCAGUUGAACAGGUGCAGGAGAAGCUGGUGGCUCUGGAGACGGGCAUCCAGAAGGAGAGGGACAAGGAGGCCGAGGCGCUGGAGACGGAGACGAGGCUGUUUGAAGACCUGGAGUUCCAGCAGCUGGAGAAGGAGAGCCGGUUGGAGGAGGAGCGGGAGCUGGCCGGACAGAGCCUGCUGCACAGCAAAGCUCAGCUCCAUCGAAGCAUCGCCGAGAGGAAGGAGCGCCUGGCCCUGUUGGAGAGCCAAGCGGGCCAGAUCCGGAUUCAGGCCAUGCAGGAGUCGGAGCGGCUGGCCCGGGACAAGAGCGUUACCCUGCAACAGCUGCACAAGGAGAAGGAGAAGCUGGCAGCCCUGGAGAGACGCUACCACUCACUCACCGGCGGACGCCCCUUCCCCAAAUCGCCCUCCGCACUCAAGGAGAUGGAGUCACUCCUCCCUGCCCUUGACUUAGAGCAGUGGUAUCAGCAGCUCAUGGCAGGGCUGGAAGGGGGUCCGGCCACCUCCCCCCGCUCCUCCCCUCCGCCUCUGCCCGCCAAAGCUUCCCGCAAGCUGCAGGUGUUCCGCUCCAAGAUGGAGGGAGACGCGGCGGCCCCCCCUGCGGCCCCGCGCCCCCCCCCUUCUUCCUCUUCCUCCGGCUCCUCCUCGUCCUCCUCCCAGCUCAGCGUCGCCACCCUGGGCCGCGGUCCCUCCCCCAAGAGUCCUCCCCUCUCUCAGAGCAACCCCGGCGGGCUCCCCCACAAUCUGGCGGCCACCCUGCAGGACAUCGAGACCAAGCGGCAGCUGGCCCUGCAGCAGAAAGGGCAGCAGGUAAUUGAGCAGCAGCGACGGCGGCUGGCAGAGCUGAAGCAGAAGGCGGCGGCUGAGGCCCAGUGCCAGUGGGAAGCGCUGCACGGGCCCCCCGUGUACCCCGCGGCGCCCGCUGGCUACCCCCCUCUUAUGCAUCACUCCAUCCUGCACCACCUGCCCGGGGCCCGGGAGCGGGCGGAGGACGGGGACCACCACGCCUACGACACGCUGAGCCUCGAGAGUUCGGACAGCAUGGAUACCAGCAUCUCUACGGGGGCCAACUCCGCCUGCUCUCCGGACAUGUCCAGUGCCAGCGGCUUGGAUGCGGGCAAGAUUGAGGAGAUGGAGAAGAUGCUGAAGGAGGCACACGCAGAGAAGACUAGGCUCAUGGAGUCUAGGGAUCGGGACAUGGAGCUGCGACGGCGGGCACUGGAGGAAGAGCGGCAGCGGAGGGAGCAGGUGGAGCGGAGGCUGCACAGCGAGGGGGCCCGGCGGCAGCAGCUGGUGGAGAAGGAGGUCAAACUGCGGGAGAAGCAAUUCUCCCAGGCCAGGCCGCUGACCCGCUACCUGCCCAUCCGGAAGGAAGACUUGGACCUGAAGACGCACAUCGAGUCUUCCGGGCACAGCGUGGACACCUGCCUGCACGUGGUGCUGGGCAGCAAGGUGUGCCGCGGCUACCUGGUCAAGAUGGGCGGCAAGAUCAAGUCCUGGAAGAAGCGCUGGUUCGUCUUCGACCGGCUCAAGCGCACCCUCUCCUACUACGUGGACAAGCACGAGACGAAGCUGAAGGGAGUCGUCUACUUCCAGGCCAUCGAGGAAGUGUAUUACGACCACGUGCGCAGUGCGGCCAAGAAGAGAUUGUUCGGCUGCAGCCUGGUGACUAGCCCCAACCCGGCCCUGACUUUCUGCGUCAAGACCCACGACCGCCUGUACUACCUGGUGGCACCUUCGGCGGAGGCCAUGCGCAUCUGGAUGGACGUCAUCGUCACGGGGGCCGAGGGCUACACCCAGUUCAUGAACUGAGCGGGGGCCGCCCCCUCCCCACCCCACGCCUGGGCCCAGGGCCCACCCUCCUGGGGCAUCGGACAGAGCGGGCCUCCAGCCGUGACCGGGCCCAGGACGGGGCGGCGAGGGACCGGCCAUGGCCAGUCCACCCCCAGCUCUGACGCUACCCUGGCCGGGGGCCGGAGUACGGCGGGGGUGGACCCCUCUCCCGUGGCCGAGGGGCGGGUGAGGAGGCCCGGCAGCCGGACCUGCCAUCUCUGCCCUGGAAAGACGGUGCUGGGUAUGCUACUGCACUCUGCCAAAGAUCUCCCCUCAUCUCCUCUCCCCGGCCCCUUGGCAGCUGAACCAGUAUGCCCCCUCCCCACCCUCCAGCCUCUCACCUUUGAUGCUCCAAGUUCACCCCAUCACCAUGGUUACAGCCCCAUCACCAGUGUGGGGGGGACCCGUGGCCUUUGUGUCUCCUCCCACCUCUCCACUUGUGCCUUGACCAACACCAGAGGUGCCUGGAUGCCAUGGCGGGGCGGGGAAAAGGGGGAGGACCCUGGCUGGUUUGAAGGUGCCUGGAUGCUGGACUCCCCCCAUCCCUCUCCCUUCCUCCACCCGAAUCCCCGGCCCCUCCCUCAGUUACCCUCCUUAAAGUCAGCGGCGGCUGGCGAAAGGGGAGGGGGUGUCCCUGGCUGCCAGGGCUGAGCGGGGAGUGGGUCGGACCCCUCGCCUCUCCCGCCCAUGCCCCUGGACUAUAACACUAACACCCCCUGCCCCCUCCGCGUUUAUAAGCGGUGUCUGUGGCCGGCGGUAAACCAUUUGGAGUAAGCCACUGUGUCCACUUUUUCUUCCUCUGGGUUGCCAACGUCAGCCCUGGGCAGAAGGUUCUGCCCUGGCCUUAACCAUGCCCGGUGAUGGAGGCGGCUUACUGGAACCAGGCUCGGGCCCAGGAUACUAAGGGAGAUCAAGCAGUGUGGUCCAGUGGAUAGA